AUGAAUGAGCUGAUGCUGAGUGGUGUAAAUCCUGAUGCUGGUACUCGUGAAAUCCUGGAAGAUUCUCCAAUGUGGUACGUAGGCGAGACAGAUAAUUACUUAGAUGUAAUAAAUAAAAUAGAAUUUGUCGAUUCUGUCACUUUUCACUCACCAACGCACUUGUCUAACAAUUUUUGUGAAAAUUUUAUGGAGACUCAGUCUUCGGAGUUAAAAAAUCUUGCUUUGGUUGAUAACAUUCUCCUGGAUACCAGCGGGCUUGAAGUAAAAGUCCUUGGCUAUCUGGGAGGGAGUAUUGAUGAAUUUUUUGUGCUUGACAAUCGUAUUGAUGACCAAUAUACCCGCGUGGAUGGUUUUCGCGAUAACUUCGGGCCAUUUGAGCUCGAAUUGAUUGAUAACGCGAGCGAAAACGUAGAAAAUACCUAUCUGAUGAUUGAAAUGCCGGGUGACAGCUGUAACCUUGAUCACCGUAAGGUUGAGUACAAAGUGAUUGAUAAUUUCGAAGAGUUCUACAGCCUUCUGGAUUGUAAUAAAGAUUGUUCAGACAAAGAAGCUUUAAUGGGCCCAUUUAAAACUGGUAAGUUAAUUGUGUUAAGUGCGUCGCUGCAAUCCUUUGAAAGAGCUGCUGCAUCACCUGAAGCAUAA